GCAAGGAAAGAAAUUGGCGAAACUGAGGCUUGAGUGCCAUGCCAGAGGGCUCCCAUUCUGCUUUCCACCAGGGACCAAUGGGGGAAGAAUCUCCUCAGUUGUCCUCUCCUCUCUCCACCGGCGACCAUGUUCAGGAUAAUGACGAUUUGGGCCCGGACUAUUACAGUCGGGUUUCUGCAGAGCCGCUGGACAGAGAGCGUGAACGUCCAGUGAGCCUGGUGUCCACCCUGUCCUCUGGUUCAUCCCGCGAUAGUCAGAGCCUUUUUGGAAGUACAGCGGCCCUUCCAUCAUCUACCACACCUCCCAUACCAUGCGAGGAGGACAUAGAUCUGGAACUGAGCCCAGCUGAAGGCAACAAAAUGCAGGCUGGAGAUCAGAGUCCAAUCCUUGCAGGUUUUCGUGGUCACUGGCGGGAACAGCAAGAGGUCGAUGUGAUCAACAACCAGUGGAACAACAACAACGCCACUUCCAGCAGGAAGGCAAGCGGUAGACUGCCUCACAUCUCCGCUUCACCUGUUGUCACGGAUACCAUGGCGCCCGACCCAAAGCUGACCUAUGUGGAUCGUGUUGUCAUGGAGAUCAUUGAGACCGAGCGCAUGUACGUCAAAGACCUGCGCAGCAUCGUGAAGGACUAUUUGGCACACAUUAUCGACGUGGGCAGCCUUCCUAUACAGCCUGAGCAAGUGUGCGCCCUGUUUGGAAACAUAGAGGACAUCUAUGAGUUCAACAGUGAACUGCUGCAGUGCUUGGACUUGUGUGAGAACGACCCUGUGUCCAUCGCUCAGUGUUUUGUAAAUAAAAGUGAAUACUUUGAAAUCUACACCCAGUAUUGCAAUAACUAUCCGAACUCAGUGGAGGCCCUGACCGAGUGCAUGAGGAGUAAAACUUUGGCCAAGUUCUUCAGGGAUCGGCAGGCUGCGCUGAAACGUUCUCUUCCUUUGGGCUCCUACCUGCUGAAGCCGGUUCAGAGAAUCCUGAAAUACCACCUGCUCCUCCAGGAAAUUGCAAAGCACUAUGACCCGGAUGAGGAGGGAUAUGAGGUUGUUCAGGAGGCCAUAGACACCAUGACGGGAGUGGCCUGGUACAUCAAUGAUAUGAAGAGGAAACAUGAGCAUGCCGUCAGAGUGCAGGAGAUUCAGUCUCUGCUGAUCAACUGGAAGGGUUCUGACCUGACCACCUAUGGAGAGCUGGUUCUGGAGGGCACCUUUCAUGUGCUGAGGGCGAAAAACACCCGCACGCUCUUCCUCUUUGAAAAGAUGCUUCUUAUUACCAAGAAAAGAGGAGAAAACUACGUCUAUAAGAUCCAUAUAUCGUGUUCCACCUUAAUGCUGCUGGCAAACGCCAAGGAUCCUCUGCUGUUCAGCGUUAUCCAUUUCAAACGACCUAAGCAGCCCCAUACGGUGCAGGCAAAGUCUGUAGAAGAGAAACUACUCUGGUCCCAUCACAUUAAGAGGCUCAUUCUUGAGAAUCACAACACAAUGUUGCCACAGAAGGCAAAGGACGCCACUGUGGACAAUUUAAACUAUCCGGGGAAGUUCCAGUAUAGUCCUGAGAGGAUGAUGAAAGCAGAGAGCUGCCAAAGUGACAACUUCCAUCUUGGAGGACGGAAUGGGAGGAGGAGAUCUGAACCAGGAAAACAAAUCAUUACGGGCACAGAAGCUGUUUUGAAGCAUGCAGACAGUGAGGGUGCCCUGCUGGGAGACUGGUGCUCCCUCCAGCCAGCCACCAGUGUCAGCACACUGGCCUCCAGUCUAGGUGAUCCCGAGAGUGAGAGGCUGUGUGUGGAGGACUUUAUUCCCAGUGGGGGGUCUCUGGAGCACCUAAAUUCUGCUGAGAGUGACCCCAAACUGACCUCGUCACCCAGUGAGGUGGGCUUGGAGCAGAAGGCAGUGGAGAAGGAGAGUUGCAAGGAAGAUGCACUGAUGGAAGGCGACCAGGUAGCUGACUUUGCCAGCUCAGUGCUGGCAGCCAUCUCCUGCUGGCACUAUAAAGCCAGGGCUUUGCUUCCUACUCCUUUCACAACGGAUGAUCAGGAAAGCAACACUUCUGAGUUAAAAACUGCACCAACGGAGGAGGUGAAAACCCACCAACAGGAGGAAAACAAAAGGGACGUGGUUAUGAAAGAGCCUCUCGGCACACAGGUCAAUGUGCAGGAGCUGUGCCACCCAGACUCUGUCCCACGAGCAGAGAAAGGUCACCAGCAGGAGGUGAGCUACUCCCAACGUCCUGAGUCUCCAGUGGCUCCAUUCAUGCAAGAAACUGGGACCUCAGACUCUCUGGAUACCACCAGAGAAACUGAAGAGGGAGGGAGCGAUUCUUCUGGCCUCCACGUCCAAGAGACGAGUGCUCUGACCAAUAGUGAGCUCUCAGAGGAGGACGAAGAGCUGUUUUCCAAAAAUAAAAGCAUCCUGCCACCUUCUGCGUUGGACCAGGCUAGCGUGAUAGCGGAGCACUUCAUCAGCAGCCUGCCCCGGCGGAGCAGUCCAGUUUCUGAGGAUAUUAGUUCCCUCAAUAGACCUUCACCACCUGUAGAUGACAUCUUUCAAACCCCCUCAGCCUGCAUGGAUGUGGAGAGACGGACCCAGACGAUGGCUAACUCUUUAUUGAAGCCACAGGCGACCUCAGAUGAUGAUCUGUUGGAUCCUGUGCCUAAUCUGAGUAAAGAAGAACACAGGUCCACUCUCUCCAAAAAAGAUCACAUCCUCAUCCACAAAAUCAGACAAUACUACGAGCGCGCCGAGCACCAAGACGCUGACUUCAGCAUCAAGCGCCGCGAAAGUCUGUCCUAUAUUCCAGCUGGUUUGGUGAGACAGCUGAGUCGACAGCUGAGCAGCGUUCCUUCAGAGAAGGUCGACCCCGUCCACCAGAAAGGACUCCCUCAAAACAGACCAACGUCUUGGUCUGUGUUUGACCUUCCUGGGUUAGAAAAGAACCGUAAAACUGCUCCACAGAGCUCCUUCCAAUUUAAGGCUGGUGCUGGUGCUGCGUUUAAAGCGAAAGAGAAGUUGAGGCCUUCGUCUGAAAUGCUCAAAGUCUGGGAAGUUUUGGAAACUGAAGAAGAGAGCAGGGAAGUCCAGCAGGCUGCAGAAGAGAAACUUAAUGAGUCAAGAUUAGAAGUUCCUCAGAACAUCAGCUCAGAGACUUCAGACGUUAAAACCAGCAGGCAGUCACCUCUGAUUUUAGAAGAGUCUGAAGUGAACCCCUCUGACAUGUCCUCAACGUCAUCGCUGAGCACAAGUUCCUCAGCGGUGGAGGGCGGGGCGGGUCAGGACUCUAACCCAUGCAGGACCCAUGAGUCACAGGACGACCGUCGUUUCAGCCCCGAAUAUUUACCCAAGGUCAUUAACUUCAGAACCAGCAUCAACGAAGACCAGAUCUUACAAGACAUGGGAAAGGUGAAAAACAAGGUGUUCCAGCUGGCCCGUCAGUACAGCCAGCGCAUCAAAAACAAUCGGCCCAUGGUCUGGCAGAGAAGCCGACUAACAGCCAGUCAGGAAGGCCGCAGGAACAUCCCAACUGUCCCCGAGGAGAAGACCAGAAAACCAGGUAAACCCAAACUGAGAUUGGCCUUGAGUGCUUGUGAACGUGAAGCCGUUCAGGAAGUGCGUCCUUCGAGUCCAGUCCAGACCCCCAGCUCCACAGCCAGCUCCCACAGCACAGUAACGUCCCCACAGAGUCCUCUGUCUGAGGCCUUCCUCUGGCCGGACGUUCAGGAACUGCGCUCCAAAUAUGCGGACAAACCCACCUGUGUUUGCGUCGUCCCACACCGGCUCUGCAGGUCCAGGUAUGAUGGCUGCUCUCAGAAGUACAGCAGCUCCUCGGAGCUCCACAGCGCCCAGACAGACGGCUGCAGACAGCAGUCACAGAGUCCACACGGGGGGCAGCGUCUCGUGGUGGAGGACUGGCCUCAGCGCCAGACGCGCUCUCUGCUCUGCAGGUGGAGCUCCGUGGACCUCGGGUCCCUGCCCCUCCACGAAGUGCAGAACCUUCAGGAACCUGCGCGAGCCCACGCUCCUGUUUGCCGAGUCCAAAGUGAGGACGGUCCCUUCCAGGACGGUCUGAACAGCUCAGGGAAGUCCUCGGAAAGUUUCUGUGUGAAAAGUUUACGAGAGAAGUUCCAGAGUUUAAGCACAAGCUGACGAGUGUCUGUUUUGAUAUCAGGAGCAUUGAAAGGGAACAUCAAGUGUUUCACUGAUGAUUAUCGGUUUGUUCUGCAAUUGUUUCCCCUAAAAAUAAAAAAUAAAAUGAAAUAAAAUUACUGUCUGCAUGGAGCUGUCCAUACAGGAGAUGGUGGGUAGUGAUGUAACAUAAAAAGGGAUGUUCUUGUAAGAUUUAAAGGAAGAUGUUCUUUAAAAAAGUGCCUCGUGUCAACACAUCAAUCUGUUGACUGCUUUAUCCACACAGUCCCAGUAGAACUGUUAUCAAUAACUCUUUGAGGGUUUCAGGGCUAAUUUCAGAGCACGUUGCUGCCGAGACACCAAAGAUGGUUUUGA